AUGACUUCAUCCAGGGUUUUUAAUAUUAUUUCUCAUACUUCAUUAAAUAUGAAAAUUAUUCUGUAUGCAGUAAAAUCGAUCUUGGGACAUUUUGGAGUGAACUCACCAAAAAAGGACUUUUUAAUGAUUUUAUCAAAAUUCAGUCAUCAAAGUAAUUGCGUUUUGAAAAAUAAUUAUCAACAAUUUAUUCUGUUCAUUCCUCACUCUAUAAUGUUAUUAUUUAAUGAACAAUAUUGGUCUUACUUAUGUUACCUAGAGAACUGUUUCACUUAA